AUGCUGCGCGAGCGGACGGUGCGGCUGCAGUACGGGAGCCGCGUGGAGGCGGUGUACGUGCUGGGCACGCACCUCUGGACCGAUGUCUACAGUGCGGCCCCAGCCGGGGCCCAGACCUUCAGCCUGAAGCACUCGGAGCGCGUGCAGGUGGAGGUGGUGUGCAACAGGCAGCCUGAGGAGGUGGCCGCUGACGGCAAGCAGCGCUGGCGUCUCUCGCCCAGCACCACGCUGCGGCUCACCAUGAGCCAGGCGAGCGCCGAGGCCAGCAGCGACAAGGUCACCGUCAACUACUAUGAAGAGGAGGGGGUCACCCCCAUGGACCAGGCUGGGCUCUUCCUCACGGCCAUUGAGAUCUCCCUGGAUGUGGAUGCAGACCGGGACGGCGUGGUGGAAAAGAACAACCCAAGAAAGGCAUCCUGGACCUGGGGCCCUGAGGGGCAGGGAGCCAUCCUGCUGGUGAACUGUGACCGAGACACACCCUGGUUGCCCAAAGAGGACUGCAGCGAUGAGAAGGUCUACAGCAAGGAAGACCUCAAGGACAUGUCCCAGAUGAUCCUGCGGACCAAAGGCCCCGACCACCUCCCCACCGGAUACGAGAUCGUUCUCUACAUUUCCAUGUCGGACUCGGACAAAGUGGGCGUGUUCUACGUGGAGAACCCGUUUUUCGGCCAGCGUUAUAUCCACAUCCUGGGCCGCCGGAAGCUCUACCACGUGGUCAAGUACACGGGCGGCUCUGCUGAGCUGCUGUUCUUCGUGGAAGGCCUACGUUUUCCCGACGAGGGCUUCUCGGGCCUGGUCUCCAUCCACGUCAGCCUGCUGGAGUAUAUGGCCGAGGAGAUCCCCCUGACACCCAUCUUCACGGACACCGUGACAUUCCGGAUUGCUCCGUGGAUCAUGACCCCCAACAUCCUGCCUCCCUUGUCGGUGUUUGUGUGCUGCAUGAAGGACAAUUACCUGUUCCUGAAAGAGGUGAAGAACCUGGUUGAGAAAACCAACUGUGAACUGAAGGUCUGCUUCCAGUACAUGAACCGGGGAGAUCGCUGGAUCCAGGAUGAAAUCGAGUUUGGCUACAUCGAGGCCCCCCACAAAGGCUUCCCUGUGGUUCUGGACUCCCCCAGAGAUGGAAACCUGAAGGAUUUCCCAGUGAAGCAGCUCCUGGGCCCAGAUUUUGGCUACGUGACCCGGGAGCCCCUCUUUGAGCCUGUCACCAGCCUUGAUUCCUUUGGGAACCUAGAGGUCAGUCCGCCAGUGACCGUGAAUGGCAAGACAUACCCCCUGGGCCGGAUCCUCAUCGGGAGCAGCUUUCCUCUGUCUGGUGGUCGGAGGAUGACCAAGGUGGUGAGGGACUUCCUGCAGGCCCAGCAGGUGCAGGCACCCGUGGAGCUCUACUCGGACUGGCUGACCGUGGGCCAUGUAGAUGAGUUCAUGACAUUCGUCCCCAUCCCAGGCACAGAGAAAUUCCGGAUGCUCAUGGCCAGCACCUCGGCCUGCUACAAGCUCUUCCGAGAGAAGCAGAAGGAGGGCCAUGGGGAGGCCAUCAUGUUCAAAGGCUUGGGCGGGAUGAGCAGCAAGCGAAUCACCAUCAACAAGAUUCUGUCCAAUGAGAGCCUCGUGCAGGAGAACCAGUACUUCCAGCGCUGCCUGGACUGGAACCGCGACAUCCUCAAGAAGGAGCUGGGGCUGACGGAGCAGGACAUCAUCGACCUGCCUGCCCUCUUCAAGAUGGACGAGAACCGCCAGGCCAGAGCCUUCUUCCCAAACAUGGUGAACAUGAUUGUGCUCAACAAGGACCUGGGCAUCCCCAAGCCAUUCGGGCCCCAGGUUGAGGAGGUGUGCUGCCUGGAGACACAUGUGCGCUCCCUGCUGGAGCCCCUGGGCCUCUGCUGCACCUUUGUGGAUGACAUCUCCGCCUACCACAAAUUUCUGGGGGAGGUGCACUGCGGCACCAACGUGCGCAGGAAGCCCUUCACCUUCAAGUGGUGGCACAUGGUACCCUGA